CAAGCUUUUCCUCCAAUGGCGAAACCAAGAACCAGCCCCAAGACCACACCACGAAACCCACCACCGCCGCCGCCGUUCCUCUUCCACUACUUACUCACCACCCUCCUCUUCUCCCCCAAAACGCACCGUUUCAGGCUCCCCAAACCCUCCUCCACCUCAUCCCCACCGCCACUCCUCCUCCUCCUCCUCACUCUCCUCUUUGUUUUCUUGGUCAUCUCGAUCCUCAACCUCCUCCCCUGUUCCUACUCUGCAGCCUCCGCUCCCUCCAUUUCUCCGAAAGCCUCUUCGGAGCCUAUCGAAGGCCGGGCCCUGCUUUCGGCAAGUGUGAUGGUGCCGCUGCCGGCGCACGGAGCUUCAGGGGCUAAUCUUUCCUCGGCGGAGAGGGAAUUCUGGGAGCAGCCCAAUGGGGAAGGGCUUAGGCCCUGCUUGGAGUUCAGCCUCGGGUAUCGAAAAUCGAGUGAUGAAAUUGUCAAGGAGAGGAGGAGGUUCUUGGUGGUGGUGGCCUCUGGGGGACUCAACCAGCAGAGGAAUCAAAUCGUGGAUGCUGUUGUCAUUGCAAGGGUUCUUGAGGCUGCUUUGGUUGUGCCUGUUUUGCAGGUCAAUCUGAUUUGGGGAGAUGACAGUGAGUUUUCAGAUAUUUUCGAUGUGGAACACUUCAAGAGGACUUUACAAGCUGAUGUACGAGUUGUGUCGAAUCUGCCCUCUACACAUUUGAUGUCAAGACAGACAAUUAUGAAGAAUAUCCCUCACGAUGUUACCCCGCAGUGGAUACAUGCCAGAUUCAAUAAUCAACUGAAUCGAGAUGGCCUUCUAGUGCUAAAAGGGUUGGACUCUAAGCUCUCAAAGAAUCUCCCCCCUGAUCUUCAGAAGCUUCGGUGUAAGGUUGCUUUCCAUGCAUUGAGAUUCGCAGCACCAAUUCAAGCACUAGGGAGUCAAUUAGCAAAGAGAAUGUGGAUUGAAGGUCCUUACAUUGCUCUCCAUCUCCGGCUAGAGAAAGAUGUCUGGGUGAGAACUGGAUGUCUCACCGGAUUAGGCCCUGAAUAUGAUGACAUUAUCACAAAGGUUCGGGAGUCUCAACCCGAAUAUCUUACAGGGCGAGUAAACAUGAGCUACACACAAAGGCGGCUUGCUGGUCUCUGUCCCCUAAAUGCGUUAGAAAUAGCGAGGCUUCUGAAGGGUCUAGGUGCGCCAAGAAGUGCGCGGAUAUACAUUGCAGGAGGUGAGGCAUUUGGGGAAAGCAGGGCUCUGCAGCCACUUGUGGCAGAAUUCCCAAACUUGGUGACGAAGGAGAUGUUGGCGAACGAAGGAGAGCUCUCUCCAUUCAUGAACAAGCCUUCAGCUCUGGCUGCAGUUGACUACAUUGUCUCUCUAAGCAGUGAUGUCUUUGUGCCAUCCCAUGGAGGAAACAUGGGCCGGGCGAUGCAGGGUCACCGUGCUUAUGUGGGACACAGAAAGUUCAUAAAGCCGAACAAGAGGGCGAUGAUGCCACUGUUGGAAGAUACAUCGAUUAGUGAUGCUGAGUUCGGGAGCAUCAUGAGGGAGCUGCAUAAGUCUCAGGGGAGCCCUGAGCCAAGAGGUUACAUGAGAAACCGAGACGUGAUUUCACACCCUGUGCCAGAGUGCAUGUGUAAACCCAAAACAGGCAUUUUCUAGUGCCAAUUUUUUCCGUUUCUAAAAAACAUUGUAUCCGUUGUAUCUGAUUUUACCAUUUAUAUCACAAGAAUUCUCCAUUUGAUU